ACCGGAAACUAACAAAAAUGUCAAUAGAAAGCGGCAAACGUGAAAUAGACGAAGUAGAUGAUGAUGAUUGUAUCGGUCCCUUGCCCAAUGAAGCUGCGAAAUCUAAGAAGAGGAAAGUGUUGGAAUAUGAGCAAGUUUAUUUGGACAAUCUCCCUAAUGCAGAAGCAUAUGAGAAAAGCUACAUGCACAGAGAUGUUGUUACUCAUGUUGCUGUUUCAAAAUUUGACUUCAUUGUGACUGCAAGCUGUGAUGGUCAUGUUAAAUUCUGGAAGAAAAAUGAAGAAGAAGGAAUUGAAUUUGUCAAACAUUUUAGAAGUCAUUUAGGAAACAUUGAAGACCUUGGAAUGAGUGAUAAUGGAGAACUAUGUUCCACCAUAUCAGAUGACAAAUCAGCCAAAAUAUUUGAUGUUGUUAACUUUGAUAUGAUAACCAUGAUUAAGUUGAACUUUGCUCCUUUGGCGUGUGGUUGGCUGUAUAAGUCAGGUGACAUCAUUCAGGCACUAGCAAUCUCUGAAAAAGAAAACCCCACAAUACACAUAUUUGAUGGAAGGGGGAGUCAUGAAAGCAUUCACAAGAUGGAGAAACUCCACGCUAAACCUGUCACUCUGAUCAAGUAUAACCCAGUGUUUGAGGCAGUAGUCUCGGUUGACAUGAGUGGUAUGGUAGAAUAUUGGUCAGGACCAAAGACAGAUUAUGCAUUUCCAAAGAAAAUACUUUGGGAGUUCAAAACAGAUACAGAUCUCUACGAAUUUGCAAAGUGUAAAACUGUGCCAACAGGACUUUCUUUCUCAAAAGAUGGCAAACAAAUGGCAACCAUUGCUAAAGACAGAAAGGUUAGAGUGUUCAAGUUUCUGACUGGAAAGCUCUCAAAGGUUUUAGAUGAAUCUCUCCAACAGUUCACUGAACUUCAACAAAUGAAGCAACAACUUCCAAACAUGGAAUUUGGCAGGAGAUUAGCAGCAGAGAGGGACUUAGAAAAGUCUGAUCAAUUCAACAGAUGCAAUAUUGUUUUUGAUGACAGUGGACAUUUUGUUUUGUAUGCCACCAUGUUAGGAAUCAAAAUCAUUAAUCUGUACACCAAUCGCUGUGUCCGGACCUUGGGAAAACCUGAGAAUGCCAGGUUCCUGCACCUGAGUCUGUUUCAGGGCACAGGGAAGAAACAGAAGGCAGCGGUAGAUGUAGAGAUGGUAGCUUCUGAUAAUCCCCUCCUACAGAACGUCCUGUUUGAUCCCAUCUUGUUCUGUACAGCCUUCAAAAAGAAUCGCUUCUACAUGUUCACAAGGCGGGAACCUGAGGACACAAAAAGUGCUGAUGCAGAGAGAGAUGUAUUUAAUGAAAAACCUUCCAAGGAGGACAUUGUGGCAGCAACACAGGAUGCGUCUUAUACAAGAGUGUCGGAGACCUGUGUCAUUCACACCACCAUGGGUGACGUCCACAUCAAAUUGUUUGCCAAAGAAUGCCCCAAAACUGUAGAAAACUUCUGUGUUCACACCAAGAAUGGCUACUACAACUCUCAUAUUUUCCAUCGAGUUAUAAAAGGUUUCAUGAUACAAACCGGAGAUCCUCUGGGUAUUGGUACUGGAGGAGAGUCAAUAUGGGGAGGAGAAUUUGAAGAUGAAUUUCACCCAAACUUGCGACAUGACAGACCCUACACACUCAGUAUGGCAAAUGCAGGUCCCAACACUAAUGGCUCACAGUUCUUCAUCACAGUAGCACCAACACCAUGGUUGGACAAUAAGCACACGGUGUUUGGUAGAGUUACAAAGGGUAUGGAAGUGUGUCAAGCCAUCAGUAAUGUCAAGGUUAAUCCCAAAACAGACAAGCCGUAUGAUGAUGUACGGAUCAUUAACAUCUCAUUAAAAUAAAAUCAGCUGUAUGAAAA